GUGCCUUCCCGGCUCUCCGGUUAGCAGGGCGCGUGGCGCCAGCAGCACCCAGGCCAUGACCAGCCGAGGAGCCGCCAGGCCGAACGGGCAGUCCCAAGCCAGUAAAAUCUGUCAGUUCAAGCUGGUGCUGCUGGGCGAGUCGGCGGUGGGGAAAUCCAGCCUGGUGCUGCGCUUCGUCAAGGGCCAGUUCCACGAGUACCAGGAGAGCACCAUCGGCGCGGCGUUCCUUACACAGUCCGUCUGCCUGGAUGACACAACGGUGAAGUUUGAGAUCUGGGAUACGGCCGGCCAGGAGCGGUACCACAGCCUGGCCCCGAUGUACUACCGGGGGGCCCAAGCCGCCAUCGUGGUCUAUGAUAUCACCAACCAGGAAACGUUUGCACGGGCGAAGACAUGGGUGAAGGAGCUGCAGAGACAAGCCAGCCCCAGCAUCGUGAUCGCCCUCGCGGGCAACAAGGCUGACCUGGCCAGCAAACGCAUGGUGGAAUACGAAGAGGCGCAGGCCUACGCAGACGACAACAGCCUAUUGUUCAUGGAGACGUCAGCCAAGACAGCGAUGAAUGUGAACGACCUCUUCUUGGCCAUCGCCAAGAAGCUGCCAAAGAGCGAGCCCCAGAGCACGAGCGGAGCGGCGGGCAGGAGCAGAGGCGUGGACCUGCACGAGCAGAGCCAGCAGAACAAGAGCCAGUGUUGUAGCAACUAAAGGGCAGCCUGCGCCAGCGCCCGCGCGAGAGGAAGAGCUAAGAUAUAACCUCCCUCCCCGUCCACCACACCUCACCUCCAUAACGGCACACCGAGAAACCCGUCUGAACCAAAACCCUCCCGAGAGCUCCCUCUAACUGCACUUUUUAAUGCUUCAAAACCACCACCAGACACCCGUUACCACCAUCCCGAAGGCAGUGGAACUAGAUCAGCCGGGGACUUAACUUCCAAAAA